AUGAGUAACCCAGCGGAUAUCUCUCGGCCGAAACAAUGGAUUUUGAAUGCGUUCACGAUGAGCACACCUGGCCAUCUUGCUGCAGGGCUUUGGAGACAUCCGCGCAAUCAUACCUCUGAGUACAAGGAUAUUGACUAUUGGGUUAACCUGGCCAAGAUCCUCGAAGAUGGAAAAUUCCAUGGGCUAUUCAUCGCGGAUGUUCUUAGUCAUUAUGGCGUUUACAAGGGCGAUGGCAAUAUUGACCCCGGCCUUCCUGGGGCUGCUCAACUGCCCAUGAAUGAUCCAUUCCUAGCUGUCUCGGCUAUGGCAGCGGCAACCAAGCACAUAUCGUUUGGUGUAACAGCAUCGACUACCUAUGAGAACCCUUUUUUGUUAGCGAGGAGGUUUGCAACGCUUGACCAUUUCACUAAAGGCCGUGUCGCAUGGAAUGUGGUUACAAGUCAUUUGGAGUCGGCGGCAAGAAACCUUGGCUUACCAACCCAAAUUGAGCACGAUGAACGUUACAAGAUAGCCGAGGAGUUUAUCAACUUAACGUAUGAAUUAUGGGAAGGGUCAUGGAGAGACGAUGCUGUUGUGAAAGACAAUGAGACGAAACAAUACGCUGUUCCAGGGAGAGUCCGGAAGAUUAAUCAUGAAGGGCAAGUCGAAUCGUAUACGCAUUACUUCAAAUCUACCGGUCCCAUCACGACGGAGCCUUCGAUUCAACGGACACCCUUUAUUUUCCAAGCCGGUGCCAGCAGCGCAGGUAAAACUUUCGCGACCAAGCAUGCUGAAUGUAUGUUUCUGCCAGGCUUAACACCGGCAUCUGUCCGGAGAUCCACCGAUGACAUACGCCGGCUAGCCAUCGAAAGCGGUCGCGACCCGUCAACCAUUAAACUUAUUACGGGGGUAUUGAUUAUUGUCGAUGAAACGGAUGAGAAGGCCCAGGCUAAGUACGAGGAUUAUCUGCAAUACGCUGACCUCGAAGGAACGAUGACUUUGUUUGGAGGAUGGACCGGGGUAGAUCUUGACAAAUGGGAGGAUGAUGAAGACUUCGCGUUCAAAGGGCCUGGAGCUAUUCAAAGCAUGAUUUCUUCCUGGACUGCUACGGUUCCUGGGACUCAAGAUGUCAAGUGGACUAAGAGAAGGAUUGCUCAAGAGCUUGCUAUAGGAGGUGCUCAUCCUCGGGCUAUUGGUUCGCCAAAGACGGUUGCAGAUAUUCUUCAGACGUGGAUCGAUGAAGCUGGUGUUGAUGAAUUUAAUAUCUCCUAUGCAAUUAACCCCGGCGACUUCGAAGAUAUUAUCAAGUGGCUUCUACCUGAACUAAGAGCUCGAGGAGUAUUUUGGGACGAGUAUGCUGCGAAUACUACUAGGGAGAAUUAUUUUCAGGAUGGACUCGGCCCGAGGUUGAGAAAAGACCAUCCAGGCGCAAAGUACAAGUGGGUAGCCGAAUGA